UAAGAACAAACUGAAUUUUUGAACCAUGUAAGACGUUCGUCCUCAGAUCUCAACAAUUAGAGAGACACACAUGCAGUACAUAGUGCAUCUCAGUAUUUACGACUACUGUCACGCUGCACAGAACAUUACACUUUUUGAUGAGGAAUAAUUGGUCAUUUACUGGAUGUUGCUAUCCUUCAAGUCUUUUCAUAGAUGCUUGGAAUCCACUUGGUUUAUGGCUAUCUGGACUUCCUUUCUUAGACAUAUUGCCUUUUGUUUCAAUGUUUAGGUACCUUGAAGGCAACUAGAAAGUUCGGGGUACUUCAACAUCAAGUUCAUCAAGUAUUAAAUAAUGGGCCCCGACCUGGACCCGCUACUUUUGUCAUACACUGUCUAUAUGCACUACCCAUAUUUGACAUUCACUGUGAGGGAUUCAGUCACUUGAUAAUAUCUUCUCUCCGUCGUUUUCUGAAAGCUAACCUUGCGGACUCCUUGCAAGUAAAGGACUUAGCUGCACAUUUAUUUGUUGAUAUGGUUCAGGGAUAUGUAAAUCAUGAUGAGAGGAUACUUGUGAAGGUAGUAGAAGUGUUUGACGUGAGAGUGACAGACCUUGAGAACGUCAUAUGCCAACUUAAAGUUACAAACAUUAACUUUAGACCAAUCACUGCCCUAACAUUUCUUGAGCAAUAUAUUUUCAAGUUGAUAGAGUUUCAGUCCUAUAUGACAGCAGUCACUCUAUUGGAGCACUUUUCUAUUCGCCAAUCUGGGAAAUCCUUCCUUCUUGUUAUGAUGGAAAAGAAAGAAUUUAGGGCUGCAGAGAAGUGGGCCACAUUUAUGGGCAAGCCAAUGUUAUGUGUACUUGUCCAGGAAUAUGUAGACAGAAAAAUGCUGAAGUAUGCUUAUGUGACAAUAAAGAAAAACAAUCUCCGGCAAGAAUUUGCUGAUGUAUAUCAUCAAUGUAAAGAAAGCCAUUGUAUCGAGAACAGCAAGACUAAUUUAUUCUUUUGUAGUUCAAUGAAGCAGCUAGCAGAAAAAGGAUGCUGGGAUGUUGCUGAGUCAAAGGCAAAGGGUGAUAAACAGUUCAUUGAAUACCUGGUCUAUUUGGCAAUGGAAGCUGGUUACUCGGAAAAAAUUGAUGAAUUGUGUGAUCGAUACUCUCUUCAAGGUUUUCCAAAAGCCAAAGAAUUUGAUGCAACUCUUCUGCAUCGUAAGCACUAUUUGUGCCUCAAAGAACUGGGCAUUGAAGAUGUUUUUUGGGUUGAUCAAGUGGAUAGUUUGCAUACGGCAACAUGUUAUAUUGAAGAAUCUAAAGUUGUUGGUAUGGACUGUGAAUGGAAACCGAAUUAUGUAAAGGGCAGCAAGCCUAACAAGUUGUCCAUCAUGCAGAUCGCUUCCAGCAGAAGUGUUUUCAUCUUUGAUCUCAUAAAAUUGUCAGGGGAUGUGCCACAUAUUCUGGAUAACUGCCUGAGUCGUAUUUUACAGUCUCCAAGUAUUCUAAAGCUUGGCUAUAAUUUUCAGUGUGAUACGAAGCAACUCACCAGCUCCUAUGAAACAUUGGGGUGUUUUAACCAUUUUGAAAUGCUGUUGGACAUUCAGGAUGUAUUUAAAGAAUCCAGUGGUGGUCUCUCGGGGCUUGCUGAGGAAAUACUUGGUGCUGGUUUGAACAAGACAAGAAGGAAUAGCGACUGGGAGCAACGACCUUUGAGUCAAAAUCAGAACUCAAAUGGUUGGGAGAGCAUAUUAUUGUGCGGAAUGCAUCUGUAAGAAUGAUGUCAGUAUGCGGAACUUCAUGGAGACACUUCCAUGUAAAUCUUAAUGCUCUGAACUUUCAAGAGUGUAGGGUCAGCAGACAUGAUUUUGGCAUUUGCUUAAGCGAUUUCUCGAGAUCUUUAGUGCAACAAAAGUUCUUCUGGCGUCUAUUUAAAACAACGUAACUGCUGAUUUAUUUUAGGAAAAAAAUUAUUUUUCAUCUUUAUACUUUCACGCUUUUUCUAAUCGAGUUCUUUUAAUUUAUCUUAUCAAGUCCUACUUUUGCUGAAUUUUUAAUCAAGUCCCUCCGACACCAAAUUUGACCAAAUUCAGCAAACGGCGGAUGUGCCAAAGUGUGAUGUUAAUAUGCAGAUACCCAAAUUGACAUGUGUGAAGAGAAUUAGAUAUUGUAGACAACAUGUAAGUAUGAUGUGGAUAAUUUCCGUCAAUCCACAUUGACAGAAAAUUUUUAUCCCUGUCAUGGCAUGACGUCGUUCAACGGUCACGUCAGCUGGACUUAAUUGG